UCUCCCAUGUAUAAAGAGGUCGACUAAGACGAAGUUCUGCCAAAAUUGAUCCAAAUAUUUCAGAAAAAGUCAGAUCCUACAAAUUAGAGUUCUCUGUUAUUUUUGUUUGGCAAAAGAAACCUCUAAAAACCUCAGUAUGAACAAACUCCUGUGGUGCAGUGCAACGCUGUUGACUGUGUUUGUUACAGUUGAUUCCCUCACCUGUUACACCUGUAAUGGGAAUGCCAUGGACUCCUGCCUCAUUGAUUCUCCUGUUAAUUGCACCACAAGUCAGACCAGCUGCUACAUCGGAGUGACCAUGUUUAGUACCAAGCAGCAGAUCUACUCAAGAGGUUGCACAAAAGCAUCCACCUGUGAAGACACUGUGGGAUCCAUCCUGGAUGUUACCUACACCGUCACCAUGAGCUGCUGCAGCACUGACCUGUGCAACAGAGCUGCCUCCUCAAAGCUGCCUCUGACUGCCGCUCUAUGUGCUGCUUUGGGGGCAGUGUGGAGCCAGUGGGGCCUUUAAAAAAUGAAGUUGAGGAAGAAAGCAGGUUGCUAAGCAUUCCAGUUUGAUGAUUUUACACCUUCUGUACCCUAAUUUCCUGCAUGAGCUUUAUAUAACUGCUUUAUCAUGUCUGUUUGCCUGUGAUGCAUAAUGGAGUGAUGCAGGCUCAAAAUUGCAUCUCUGAAUGUUUAUCUGGACUCUACAUAUGCAUUUCUGAGUGACUCCCUCACAUGUUGACUCCUCAUUAUGUAUCACUAUAUUUCAAAAUCUCCACUGAAAUGUGCUUUGUAAACGCCAAAAAGAAAACAUGUUCCUAAAACUGAAUACAGCAGCUAUGAAUUACUUGAAUUAAAAUCCUUAAUUUUGUUUAUUGGAACACUAUCUCUUGAAUGAUUAAUAUGAGGGAUAUGCUUACAUAAUUGCACAUGUUACAUAAAAAAAUCAGCUAUCAA